UGAGAAUGACCCCACCACAUCCUCCACGCGCUGCUGCUGUGUGUUUGAAUGGGAGGACGAGGAAAAAACCAUACUCCCAUCCGCCUGUGAACGUACCGGAGACAUCCUGCUGACAUUUUAUCUGCCCGUGAGAGUGUGUGAGAGUGACACAUCCGGUGUGUCGGAGCUAGAAGGACGCUGCCGUUAGAGAGGAGUUGACGUCAAGCCUGAUUUUCUGCCCCCAACAGCAUCACCGGUCCACUGCACUCCUGAGGAGCUCGCUGCUCUGUUCGGGCAUUUCUUCCUCACCACUUGCUAUUCCCCCGACUCCAUCUCUACUCCCAGGUAACCUGUGGGCAUUAUUCAGCACGCCCAGAACCUCGGGGCAGACAGACUGACUGAAGCGCUUUACGCACCAGCUAUCAUUAGAGGCUCUGUAGGAAGAGAUUAACGCCUGCAGCCAGUGAAGAAGCCAUGCUUAUCUGGCGCCCUCAUGGCCGUGCCGCUAUGACCAUCACCCCCCUCCAGUCCCAGCUGAUGUUUGUCCUGGCCCUGGCUGCGCUCAUCUGCCCCUUGGGCCGCGUGACAUGUCAGGGAGAAGGUCAGACACAGUCCCCUGCCCAGGUGCUUCAGGACUUGCUGUCCCGCUAUGGAGACAACAGCACCAUCACGGUGCCACAGCUGCGCUCACUGCUGGCCCUCCUCAGCCAGGGUCAGGGUGAAGGUGACAGUGACAGCAGCAGUACGACUGAGACACCUACAGUGACCUCACCUCCCAAAUCCAACAGCUCCAAGUGUUUGCCUGCAGACACACUGGCCAUUUACAGCAUCAGCGAGCAGUCCCGGCUGGAUGGGCAGGGCCUACGGGAGCUGUGCCCCACCAUGUUGCAGCAGUUGGAUGCUGGCACCUGUAAGGCGCAAAAAGAGGAGGAGUCGAGCAGUGACCCCUCCGCCAGGCCCUCAGAUGCUGAAGUGUGGGGCUUUUCUUUCCUGAGUGUGACAGUGAUCAAUGCCUUCGCUCUCACUGGAGUCUUCAUCAUGCCCCUGAUGAAGACACGCUAUAUGAAAUACGUGCUCAUCUUUUUCAUCGCUCUUGCCAUUGGCACGCUGUACUCCAAUGCCAUCCUGCAGCUCCUGCCAGAGGCCUUUGGGUUUGACCCCAUGGUGGAUUUCUACGUGUCCAAAUCUGCGGUGGUGUUCGGAGGCUUUUACCUCUUCUUCUUCACUGAAAAGGUCCUCAGAGUGCUUCUCAAACAGAAACAGGGGAGCCACGGUCACAGUCAUUACCCCGGCUCAGAUCGUUACUCGACGCCCGAUGGGGAUGUGGAGGAAGGCGAGAAGGAGAAGCUGCAGCAGAAUGGGGAAGCCAGCAGUCUGGCUCUGGGCAAGGUGGACGCUGGGGAGGGCGAGCUCAUGCUCAGUCCUGCACAAACACCACAGGACUCCCAGAGCCCAGACAGCGGGGGGCGGUCCGGCAGCAGCGGUGGUGGCUGCUAUUGGCUAAAGGGGACGACCUACUCUGACAUCGGCACACUGGCCUGGAUGAUCACAUUGAGCGAUGGCCUCCACAACUUCAUCGACGGCUUGGCCAUCGGCGCUUCCUUCACCGCCUCCGUCUUCCAGGGCAUCAGCACCUCCGUAGCCAUCCUUUGUGAGGAGUUCCCCCACGAGCUGGGAGACUUUGUGAUCCUGCUGAACGCUGGCAUGAGCAUACAGCAGGCUCUGUUCUUUAACUUCCUGUCAGCUUGUUGCUGUUACCUGGGCAUGGGCUUUGGCAUCCUGGCCGGCAACAGCUUCUCCCCCAACUGGAUCUUUGCCCUGGCGGGGGGAAUGUUCCUCUACAUCGCUCUGGCAGACAUGUUUCCAGAGAUGAAUGAGGUGAGUCGUGAGGAAGAGGAUGCAGGCGGCAGCAGCUUCCUCCUCACCUUUGCCAUCCAGAACGCCGGCCUGCUGACAGGCUUCUCCAUCAUGCUCCUCCUCACCACCUACUCGGGGCAGAUACAGCUGGGCUAGCACCAGGCUCCUCUGUACCAACAGUAGCUGUGACCAGUGUGAAAUGAACCUGAGAUGUCGGCUGGUUUGUGCUGGUGUAAACUGACCCCAACAGGAAAGGACUUUUUCUCUCUCUUUGUUUUCCUCCCAUCCUCAGCUUUCUUGGAGUUUGGGGAGUUUGGCUGCUGUGCGGCAGGUACGCACACCUCCUCUAUCAAAAAUGUUCGAGUAGCAGUUCAUGCAGAGUUCCCACAUGCAGUAGAUCCCAGGCAGAGGGGGUGGCAGCCUCUCUGUCAUGUUUUAUCAACCUUUUCCUGACAGCUGCUCCCUCCAACAGUCUAGAAAUAUCAACUGAAGCAGCGCUCAGCCUGCAGAGACGAGUUAAAGACUUCUGCGCUGAACAUGAACUGACGUGCAAUACUCACCCAGGCAAACUUUUCUCUAUUCCCCAGACUACUGAUGAGCCAUUUUGGCUCCUGCUCUUGUUUUUUUCCCUCUCGUCCUUCCCUCUUUGGAUGUCAUUGAGCCUCAACUGUUGAGAUUCAGUAGAUACAGAGUAUUUAUAUCACUAAUCCUUUGUGCCCACAACACUUCCUUAGGAGGUGGGAAAAGCACAAUCAGGUAACAGCAGCUGACAUCUUUGAAUUUUAUCCUUAUGUUCCAGACUUUAACACCCUCGCCUUUCCCCCUUUUUUCUUUCAUUACAUACCAAAAACAAAUCGUCACGGACCUGAACUGGAAUUUUAAUCAAGUGUCAACAUCAAACUGACUUCCAGCUGGACUUUGAUGUUUGUGUGUUGAUGUUCUAUUUUUUUAUACGUGAUAAACAUGAAAUUGGACUUUUGAAGACCAAAUAUGGGCAGACCAUUGAGAAUGGUGAAGGGCUACACAGUGACGUUUGGAAGGGCACACUUAUUUCUCCUCAGUACGGACUUGUCUUCAUCCUCGGCAUGCAAUUAGAAAUCCCUAAUGAAGCCUGAGUCAGAUAUGUAACGUGACAAAGUCCAGAGUUUGAAAUGAGUGGCUUCAUCCAGAUUAGAUGAAACAGCACUUGGCGUCCACGGCAGCAUUUCUCCACAGAGUUAACCAUCUGUGCCCUUCAUUAAUAUAGCAUCGAGUAGUUUUUGUAUUCCUCGUAUUCUUGAAAUCGAAGUGCAAAUCUAUGGUCUUCGCACAUCCCGCUGACUAUUUUUCCCAGAAUUAUCUAUUCUUUUACAGAACAGUAAUAGUUUGAAUAGAAUACUGUAAGCUGAAUCAUAUAUACACGCACAGCUCGCCUACUUUUCUGUGACCUUAUCCAUAUAUGUCACACAUAACCAUGACAAAAAAAUUACUUAUAUACUGUAUCUAGUUAGGUUGUUAUGACAAACCCUCUGAUUUUUUGUGAGUUAUACUAUAUGGCCAAACGUAUGUGGACAUGAUGCCUAAAUACACUUUUGGUCAGGGGUUGUUUUUCAUGGUUUCUGAUAGCCGGAGUUUGUUCCUCGCAAGUGCACUACAGAGCUACUCUAAGCAUCUGUUUUGCUGUAGAAUAAUUGGCAGGAGAUCUUUGAAAGAGACAGGAAAUCAUUUAAUAACACUUACUUCUGUUCUGAAAGUACUUACUGGAUCCUCAGAGACUUUUACAACAGACUGCAUCAAAAGAUACUCAGAUAAAAACAUUUUUUUAAGCUGGUUACACGAGAGACUUUAAGAGCUGCAGCACUUAGAGAAAGAUUUAGCAGCUACUACUUUGGUCAUCAUGUAAAGGUGCAGUCAGUGAUUCCAAUUCAACACACACUUUUUGUCAAAUUUACCGAAUAUCUCCUCACAGUCUGCUAGGUGUCCAUUCUGUGUCUGCUCAGGGGAAAAAAGUCCAGUGAUCAAACACAACCUUGGAGUUACACAACACUAUAUCAGCCAAUCAGCAACGGGGGGCGUUCAUGCUCACGCGCAGGACACAAGGAGGUUAAAAAGAGGAGAAGCUACUGUGUCACAUCAUGUCAUAUCAUUGGGGUACGACACAUGCGCAGUGAAAUCUUCUACAAUCAUAGAGCACAGGGGUGAUUGAUUUGUUCGCUGUCUCGACCGCAGUCUGCCUUGAGGUGUUUUACAUUUUAUAUGAAAAAUAAAGACAUGGGUGAGGAUAACAAUUGUGCAGUUUUUUAAAGGUCCUUAAUAAAAAUUUUUAAAAAAGUCAGACCAAGUGCACCUGAGGAAGCUAAAAAGAGCGCAAACAAAGAGCACCUAAGCGCACAAUGUCUCUUUACUUCUAGUGCCGUCUGCUGUAUUCCCCCAACAUUGCAGCUCCAGUUACAUUGCGCAUGUGUCAUACUUCAUAGCUCUGAAGAGCACGUCUCAGCUGUCAUUGAAUAAACUUGACAGCACAGGUGAAGGGAAUAUCACCAAUUCUCCAGAAUCGCAGACUCUACCUUUAAAUGUGUAAUACUGUAAUUUUUAUUUAUCGUAAAAAUACCAAAAACAAAUUGAAUACAGCCUCUUAAGUGUUGCUGGAUUUCUUUCUGCUGGUUGUCUGCUAUGAUAGUUGAUUUAAUAUCUUUGGGUUUUUCACAUGUUGGUCGAACAAAACUAGAAAUUUGAGUAUGAGCUUUGAAAAAUUUGUGAUGGAAUUUUUUUGUAAUGCAUCGGACGGUUUAGGAAGAAAAUAAUCGACUGAUUAAUCCAGACUAAAACUGAUUGUUAGCUGCACCUGGAAAACAUACAAUGAUAUGUUAGACUAUGAAUUUUUUUACAGAAGGUCAUGUCCUGUUUCGACAUGAUAAUACCCCUGUGCACAAACCCAGGUCCAUGAGGGAACGAUUUUCCCAGUUUCAUACAGAGGAACUUGUGGCCAUAUCAGUGUUGAACCUCACUAACGCACUUGUGGCUGAGUGGAAACAAUCCCCUGCAGCCAGGCUCCAACAUCUGAUGGAAAUAAGACAAAAACAGAAAGAUGAUUAAUGCUCACGGUUCAACUCUGACAUGAGUUUGGGUGUCCACAUACUUUUGGCCAUUGAAAAACGGUUCAUGAUCUGCAAUGCUGAUGUUCAGGGGACCAGUUGUUGGUGUUUUUGUCAUAUUGUCAGCUACAACAACAAGCUGUCAUGGUAGUAUUGUUAAGGAUGAAACAGCCAUUGACACCAUAGCAACAGCAUCCUGGAUGCUACUGUUGACACUACAAAUCUGUUGAUCCAUAUUUAUUGAUAUCGCACAGCUGCGUUCAGAGUCAAGGAGUGCACAGAUUUUUCCUCCAUUCAACACAGGAUAAGUGAUCCAUUACUUACUUUUCUAUAGAUUCAAUAUGAGCAUAGAGUAGAGCUGUAGAUGAUUAUUUAUUAGCGAUAGAAACUGGAAGCGAUUGGCCGUAAUAUUGUUUAGACUAAGUUCUUUGUCGUUCCUGAAUGGAAAAGUCCAGCUAUUAAAACGGGUACCAUGAGGUACAGUAUUACUGCUGCUUGAUACGAAUGAUGAAUGGGAGAUAAUGCGUUGUUGCUUGAGCCAUACAUUAUUUAUGUAAUGCUUUACACCCAAGAUAAAGUAUUUAGUUUCAGUUUACGCCACAAGCCAUGAAAGCAGACAAAAAUGCAGUCGUCUUGAUGUUGUCGUUAAUCUUUGUUUUUGUAUUUUAUUUAGAAGAAAUGGGACGUUUAAUGCAUUGCACAUUUUAACUGUGUAUUAAGAACUGUAGUCAGAGCAUACGCACAUAGAGACAAUAUCUGGUCAGUAAUGAUAAUUUAAACCUCAUAAUGUUAUGGUCAGACACAAAACCAGUAAAUCAGAUAAUAAAUUCAGGAGCACACAGACAAUAAAACUGCUUUAUCAGUGUCUCUUUUUUUCAGUGUCAUACGACCUGUGUUUGACAUUCUGGAGAGUUUGAUAAUGUAUCAGACUGCUGAUGCAUUGUUUUAAAGAAUAUUGUAUCUAAUGUAAUUUAUGGGAAUCCUCAUCAGCCUUCUCUGUGUGUCAUGGAAAUCUUUUUUUUAUAAACAUCCUUUUCCAAGAAAA